AAGGACCAGAAGAGGCCAAAGCGUUUGUAAAUGCCUUCCUGAAGCGUAGUAUGCCAAAAAGGAAAGAUGAAGCUAUCCAGGAUAUACUAACUCGAAAAGCUGUUGUGCUUGAGCAUUAUUCCAAAAAAAAGACAAAGCAAAAGAGGAAGAAAACAAAAGGUUUUACAGCAAAGCAAAGGCGAGAAAUGCGUCUUUUUGAAAUUGAACCAGAACAGCAAAGAUAUGCCAUCUUUCUACCACUACAUGAACUCUGGAAGCAGUAUAUCAGAGACCUAUGUCAUGGACUUAAACCAGAUGUGCAACCACACAUGGUUCAGAGCAAACUGCUAAAAGCUGAUCUCCAUGGAGCUAUCGUUACAGUCACAAAAUCAAAGUGCCCCUCUUAUGUUGGGAUAACAGGAAUCAUUCUACAGGAAUUCAAACAUGUCUUCAAAAUUAUCACUAAAGAGGACAAAUUAAAAGUUGUUCCCAAACUUAACAACGUAUUUAGCUUGGAGAUUGAUGGAUUCAUUUCCUACAUUUAUGGAAGCAAGUUCCAGCUUAGAGCAAGUGAGCGAUCUGCAAAAAAGUUCAAGUUGAAAGGAACUAUUGACCUAUGAUUUCAUGGAAAAUCAGAAGUAUUAAUAGAAAUGUCUGCUGGUUUACUUCAGUUUAAAGACCAAGUUUUCUGGCAGACUGAAAAUUGAAUUGCUAUGUGAAAUAUUUCUAAAGCAUUUCUUCUUACUGAAGAAUGUCUAGUAUCUGUUGUCUUUAAAGCAGUCUCUCAGACUGCUGGAGUUUUUCAUCUGUUUUGUUAUUUGUAUAUAACAUUCUGGCUUCUAUUAAAAUUAUAUGAUUAGUA